AGACAUCGAAGAUGCGAAAGACCUUCUGAAAGCGACGAUUGUGCAUUUUGUAGAAACCAUGGAUUUGUCUGUGAAAAAGCCUUGAGUAGAAAAUGUGAGUGUAAGUCUGUAUCGCACAUUCCUUUUGAAAUUAUCAAAACAUUUAUUAACCAAGAACCAAUACCAAAACUAAUUACCAUAUCAAUUAACCCUUCUGAAACUACAGCUGAAGAAUUUCUAUCCUUCUACUCAAACUUCAAAACUAUUUGGAAUCUUAUCCCUCUUUUUGAGACUACCAAAAUGACUGCUGAAAUUGCAGAAGAGACUGCCAAUGCACUUAUUAAUUCUAAUCAUAUCUUUCAUAUUGAAACUGCCAAAGUGACUGCUGAAGUGACUGGCUAUAUGAAAAACCAAUUAGAUCAAAGAUCUUAUAUUUAUAAUGAAAACUGUACUUCAAAAUUAAUUUUACACAUACUUACUUAUCGUGCAACACGCGAUGGAUUUGAUUACAAUAAAUUUAUCGCGAAUAAUUGUAGCGGCGCGAUUCUUGGGUUAAUUAAGAUCUCUGAUCCAGAUGUUAAAGGUUCUAAUACUCAUUCACUUAGCCGUGUGGUAAAUUUUUCAACAGCAAUUUAUAGUUAUGGUGGAAAUUGGAUGAAUUUUGGAAACGCUGAUUUGGUGUUAAAUGGUCAGCAUGGAACUUGUACACAAGGUCAAUAUGAUAAGAAGAUUUUAAAUGUCAAUAAUGUUGUCGUUAAGGAGUUAGAGACUUUUGUCGUGCAAAAAAAGUAA